CACUCAUCUCGAGCCAUGCUUGAAUGGAGGUGACCUUUUAUUGUAAAAUUGUUAAGUAAAGGGAUUUGCCGGGGACAUCUCAGGUACAUCAAGUCAGUCCGGCCAGGUUUAAAUGCUAAAAUUUAACACUGAAUAUCAGUGAAGAGUUUGCGGAGCGAGUAGGACGGACAGAGAUGGCAGAAGCACAUCAGGCACGCGUGCACAAUGUGGUAGAAGAAAUGGUCCAAAGUCUGGAGAGGGACCACAUCCGUGUAAUGCAGGGUCGCAUGUUCAGGUGCAGCGCUGAGUGCUGUGAGCGCUCCUCAGACUCCAUGUCUGUGGUGCAUCAGUGCAUCGAGAGGUGUCACACUCCUCUGGCCAAAGCUCAGGGACUCGUCACUUCAGAGCUGGAGAAGUUCCAGGACCGUCUAACCAGAUGCACGAUGCACUGCAACGACAAGGCAAAGGAUCUUUUUGACUCCGGCGCCAAGGAGCCAGCUGUUCGAUCACUGAUGGACCGCUGUGUGGGCAGUUGUGUGGACGACCAUGUGAACCUGAUCCCCAGCAUGACCCGAAGACUCAAAGAGAAUUUGGACUCUAUAGAGCAGUGAGGAGCUAUAGUCUGACAUGGAGACUCAACCUGAGGUCAUUGCACGCACAUACAGCAGCGCAGGGUCAGUUAACUCAACCAGUUUGACCAGUAACACCUGAAGAAUAGAGGGCUGGACCAUGAAAGGGUGGAGAGAGGGACGUUUUAAAAUGGAUCAAAAGAUGCGACAAGUUUCAGGGGCUGUUACUCUGAAUGUCGGUGUUGUGGAGAUUUAAAAAACUGCCCCAUGUGAGAUUUGUUUUUUGUGUAAUCUACAAAAAAAAAUACAGUGGUGCAUCUGCUGUGAACAAGCUAAUAGCUCAAACAUGCUGUGAAGAGAAGUUUGCAUAUCGGAGUAUUGCAGUACGGCGUAAAAUUUGCAUCUGUCUAAGGUUUGAAUGUCCUUUAUGUUCCUCUUCUCAGCCAUAUUUAAUACCCAAGGUGUCCCUCCAUUAUGAGCCCUCUAACCCCUCAUUCUUUUUUUGUUGUCAUUUUAUUAUUGUUGAGUUUUUCUGUGAUUCUGACCUCUCAUGGUGAGAUGUGUUUAGUAUAUAUCUGAAUUAAAAGUACUGUAGAUGUACCUGUUCUUGGACUGCAUUACUUCCUCAAUAACACAAGCGCUGCUUUAAACUACAGAGACAAGGCAAUGACGAAUGCCGCCGAUGCUUUACUUACGGAUUUUAAUGACUGCAAAAACCUUACUUAUAUACAAAUAAUGGUACAAGAAAGGCAACACUGUAAUGUGGUAGUUUGCAUUGUACAUGAACACACACUAUAGGUCUGAUGUCAACCCCAUAACCCAUUUAAACGGUCCAAUUCCAAUAUAUUGUUUAUGUUCAGUUAGAAUAUAUUUGCAAUGAUAUACAUAAUAUUGAGGAAACCAUGGCAACAUUUCCGAUAACAAUUAACAGGCCUAACUGGGGAGGGAUGUGGUAAUCUGUUACAGAACUCUGAAGACAACUCUUUUUAAAGUUUUUUUUACAUUAUAAGUAUAGAAUAACAAAUAGACUUUAAGAGACUAGAGUCUUGAUAAAAGCAUCCUCUCCAAAUUCACAGUAUGAAACAAGGCUCACAGGCAUCCUGGAUUACUUUUUAUUUUUACCCAAAAAAUUUGACAUCCAGUAUGUUGACUCUAAUGUAAGCUGGUUAGUGCUGAGCCUAUGAUCUGCUAGUUUUUAUCCAAUAUUUUAAAUCCUGGUGAACCCUGUGCUGCUGAACAGAGGGAUCAGCCAGAAUCUGGAGCAUUCUGCAAGAACAUGUGAAGGAAUGGUUGUUUUCAAUGAUCAUCUGAUAAAUAAAAACGAUUCAUUCAUGCAAUAGAGGAUUAGUCAUCAAAUCAUUGGUGUUAAAGGUAUACUAUGCAGGAUUGUUAGUUACUUUUUGUACAAAAAGUUCACAAAAACAAGCACAUCCAGAUGACAAAAAACUAGGUGCUGGUCAAAGGAUAAUAAAAGAAGAUAAAACAAAAUCUGCACACUAGAUUAUAUUCCCAACUCCAGAUGCACUGCAUUUUGUAAGCACCGUGUCUUUUGGAUUCCUGCUGCUUGCAGCCUUUAUUAAAGCCCUGAGCUCACCUGAGCAUUGUGAGGGGAUACGCCCAUAAACGUGCCCAACACAGCAAAAUAAUGUGACAGUACAAAAUACAGACAGAGGAGAGUCUGAGCAGAAAAAUACAACGCCACGCACUUCUACAGGGUCGCACAGUGAUGAUUGAGAAGUUAAAUCUGAGUCUAUACAUUGUUUUUUGAAAGGAAAAUCCUGCACAGUAUACAUUUAAUAAAAUAAAAUUGCCAGACAUCUUUGUUAAAUAUGUUGCUGUAAGUAUGUCCCAAUGAGCGUCACUAAGACAGAAUUCAGGCCUAAGCACAUAGGAAAGAACUGUUGUAAUAUCUACAGAAGCAUAUAUAUAUAUAUAAUAUAUAUAUAUAUAUAUAUAUAUAUAUAUAUAUAUAACUGCAGCUGUAGUAAAGAUCUACACUGGAAAAAGAGAUUGGAUCAUGUUAUAGCACCACAGCCCAUGUGAGUGGGCAGUUUUAUUGGCUGUCAAGAACUGUAUACAUAUUUUCUUUUGCAAAAAUAAAUCCAUACAAAUGACGUAAAAAAUAAAUAAAAACCAAACAGAAACACCUUAAACUUUGAACUUCAUGACAGUUACAGCUGCAGCUAUAGAGGCGGGUCAUACUGACGUCCGCUUUACAGGUUUUCAAAAACAGCAUGAGGUAACAGAUCCAAAGUUGCCAAAUUAACAGUGACCUAAUCGAUAAUACUUAAGUAUGACAACAUAACUGCAAAGGUACUUCAUGUGGUGAUGGGAGCAGUCUGAAUAUUAAGGAUGUAAGAAAAGACUGAUACACUCGAGUACCGUGAUAAUAUGUUUUCUGAUACUGUAAUGACUCUAAAAACAGUUUACAUGUUAAGAUUUGUGGCAGUGGUUGACUUUGUGUUGUGUUAAAACCCAGACCACUAUACAGCAGUGUUGUAAUCUAUGUUCAGCCAUUUGACUUUCCACUCCAGCAUAUGAACAUAACGUUAGCGUGAACAUUAAGAACACCGGCCUAUAUUCCCUAUAUCGUGAUGCGUAUUGUAUCACAAGUUUCCUGCCAGAACACAGUUCGAAAUGUGUCAAACAGUGACAACCUGCACUGCAGACUAGGACAGUGGACUCCAGUCACACCAGUAUAUGGACACGUGACAGUGUAGCUGGUGAAUAACGCAGAGCUUCUCAAAAUCUGAAGUCUGACAACAUUUCUGUGAGUUUGCACAUUUUACUGCGAACAAAAGAAAGCUGGUGUCAAUGAUCGGAUAACCGAGUGUGAACUGUGAAAAUGAGGCUAAAGCACAAAAUGUUUAGUUCGCCUCAGAAUAAAAAAUGCAUAUCGUUCCUCUUAGCUGUAGUUCUAUUUUUCAGUCUAGACAGUUUUGGUGUGAUUUGUAGAGUGUUUGAGCAGUUUGAUCAAAUACUGCUAUUGAACUACAACCGCUAACUGUAUCACCGCACGGUAGUUAACUGUAUCACCCACAAACGAGAGGCUCGCGUUCAGCAGAUGCACGCUUCGUUCUGUGCUGUGAAAUGGCUGGCAGGUGUAGUGUAAAAAGAAAAUAGUUCCUACGUGAAACUGCUCACAACAAGGUCUGUGGAUUUUCUUGAGAAAGGCAUCAUGAUUUCUGUAAAAAGACAUUGCAGUUGAGUUUUUCAAAUGUAUGUUUUUGGUGCUCCGAGUGCCAUCUACCUCCGUCUACCUCCAACA